UCCAAAUGCGGCCCUGCGGAUACGGACGUCACCAUUGAGUCCUCGGCCAUGGCUGCAGUCGAUAAGAUGCAAUUCUUCUGGUGAGUGAGCUGUCAUGUGAUACUCUUUCGGCACCAAACAUCCGACGUGUUCACGUCCAUGUUGUUACCCUUUCUCGGUCAUUUUCUGUCUCCGGUCUUCUUCUGUGCCUUUGCAAUUCACGCUACACAUCUCCAUUUCAAGUCCUUUGUUCAUAUGUUGCUGUCAAGACAAUGCUUCAUGACAAACUUCUAAAAGCGGCCAGCAUCACCAAGAGAAGUCGUUGUCGAGGGAAGGACCUACAAGACUGACGAAUGGAUGAACACACCGUCCUCAAUACUUGACGCCAUACCCCGAAGGCUGCACCUCCAGCCAGACCACCCACUCACCAUCACCCGCAAACUCAUCGAGUCCCGCUUCCCUGGCUACAAAGCGCACAACGACCUCUUCCCCAUCGUUUCCACAGUUCAGAACUUCGACUCUCUAGGCUUCCCUACCGACCAUGUUGGCCGAAACCGAACGGACACCUAUUAUCUGAACAAAGAGACAGUAUUACGCACCCACACCUCCGCCCACCAAGCCGACACCUUCCGCGCAAACGAAUCAGAAGGCUACCUUAUCAGCGCGGACGUCUACCGUCGCGAUGCAAUCGACCGUUCCCACUACCCCGCGUUCCAUCAAAUGGAAGGAGCACGCACAUGGGACCGCGCUCAAGCCGCAAAGGAAGGAAAAUCCCUCGCAGAGAUCAUCUGGGCCGACGUCGAGAAGAUCCCAAAACACAAUGUCGUAGUCGAAGACCCGAACCCAACUAUCCACGCUGAGCGCAACCCUCUCCAAGCAACCCACUCAGCAGAAGAGGUUGAGGCUAUCGCCGCACAUCUGAAGCGCAGUCUAGAAGACAUGGUAAUCACCAUCUUCAACGCCGCGAAAUCCGCCACAGGCACUCCAGACACAUCCUCCGAACCCCUGAAAAUCCGCUGGGUAGAAGCAUACUUCCCCUUCACCUCUCCGUCCUGGGAACUCGAGGUCUGGUGGCAGGGCGAAUGGCUCGAAGUCCUGGGGUCGGGCAUUGUGUCCCAGCCGAUCCUCAACAACGCAUCCGUCCCUGACCGAGUGGGUUGGGCGUUCGGCCUUGGACUGGAGCGCAUCGCCAUGCUGCUUUAUUCUAUCCCCGACAUUCGGCUUUUCUGGUCCAAUGACUCGAGGUUCCUGAGCCAGUUCAGUGAGGCGGGGCCAAUCAAGACGUUCGUCCCGUUCAGCAAGUACCCCGCGUGUUUCAAGGACGUGAGUUUCUGGCUGCAGGCUAAGAAGAGCGCGGCGGGUGGUGCGGGCGCGGGGGCGUCGAGCAGUAAUCAACCACCGGCAACAACAUCCUCAGAUUCUGCAACUAGCACCAUCGUGCCGCCGGCGGCGCCGGCACCCACCACCCCCUUCUUCCACGAAAACGACGUGAUGGAGAUUGCGCGAGAAGUCUGCGGCGAUCUUGUCGAAGACGUCCGUCUCGUAGAUGAGUUCGAGCACCCUAAGACUGGACGCAAGAGCAUGUGCUACCGCAUCAACUACCGCAGCUUGGAGCGCACACUCACCAACGAAGAGACGAACGAGCUGCAUGAAAGACUCAGGGAACUGCUGGUCGAGAGGCUGGGCGUCGAGCUGCGAUAGUCUCGCUCGAUCUCGUACGUGUUUGCUAUAUCAGGAAACUGAUGUAGCGCAAGAUCACGUGUGAAACACACUGCGGUUGAUGUUCUAGGCUGAGGUAGUGGCUUGACUGAAGGUGGUCACGCGAGCAAGUGAUUCUGGAUCUGGAGCUGAAGUGUAAAGGGCCUGGGUGUACUAAGAGUUGGUGACAUCUCGGUCGUAAAGCAUCUAAGACCGCCUCACGUUUCCCACACUCCAUCCGGUAGCCCAGACAUGUACACAUAUGUAAAAAAGUUGUAACAAUGUUUUGAUAAGCCUGGGUGUACUAUAUGUAAAGCGGGAUCUACGAGCCGCAGCACUCGAUUACCACGUGCAGUCUUAACUCAUGUCCCCAAUUGUGUAUACAUCAUCCCAGCUGGGAGGGUGUGUCCCAAGUAUGACCGCCACGCACUCUGUGUUCCCUGCAGUCGCCAUUGGUGAACAGAUCACCUUGCCGUGCGGUAGCUGCCGCCAUUGCCGAAAC